UUAGGGAGAUAUAUUUGUGGCGUUACUAAUAAAGUAUUUAUUGUCACUGGCCGUGAAAUGAGCUAACGCUACAACUGGAGGCCUGUUGGGUACAUAGCUAACGUUAGCUAAGAUCAACAUUUUGCUGAGCGUUGUUUGGAUCAAAAGGGCAUGUGCUCAGUUGCCUGCCACGUUAACGAACCGCCAUAGCCAAGUUGCGGUAGUUUCAGAUUGUGUCUUUCCUUACUUAACGCCAAUUAAUGUUGCCGUUGUCGACGAAAUGCCGACGCUAUUGAUGGUGCCGAAAUGGCUGUGUUUUCGUUAGCUAUAUUGUGGUGACGCUGUCCUGUAACGUUUACUUAGUACACUCAGUAUGGAUUUUACUACGCGGAUGGCCGACUUGGGAGCCAUAGCCAGUUGUUACGCAUUUGAUCUGCUCACCGGCCAUAGCUCGUUUUUCUUAUUGACGAACGUCAUUGUUAAAUUUAGAUCGCGUGGCGGACAGCUGCAACUUGGCUGUGUGUGAAAGCUAAUGCUAGCUGCUCUGAGGUUUUGGAAGUCAGUGGCGAAGAGCGCUUCGUAUGACGUGUGCGACACAACACGAAGUAAUGAUGGAAUCACAAUCAACUGUAUUGACCAAGUAUGCGUGCACAUUCAAGGGACUUCAGUGCUGCUGUAGUUGAUUAUAUGUCCUGUCAGAAUUUGAGGUUCACGACAAUCGAGACAAACUUCUCUCUUCGCUCUGGUGCUCUAUGCUCUCUGAUUGUUAUGUGUAGCCACGUGAUAGCCCGAUAACUAACAUGAAUUAUUGCUUGCGUACACUCCAUUUGGUAUGGGUCUAGUGGUCUGAAACCAAGCAGCUAGCCAUGUCACAAUAAAUGAUAUCCAUGUUGUGGUAAACCUCUCGAGAGUCAUACAAAUGGCUUUGUAGCACCAACCCAAUCACUCCCACGUGCAUACAGUUUAAAUACUUACAACCAUAAAAACAUUUCCUAAAUUUGACAGAUGUUUUGAAAAUGUCUAUGAAAAUGAUUUUGCUGACAGAGUGGAAGACAGUUUUGGCUCACGAUGGCACAUGAAGGCACCAUUCCUCUGCGUUGAAUUCCAAUGAUUGCUUCUGUUGGAUGAUCAGAGCUGCAUAAUAGCUAGGAAACAAAAAGCGAAGAAGUAACUCUUCAAAGUCGAGACACUUUCACAAGAAAAUAUCAGUGAGCAGAUAUGACGAGGAGGAGAAGAUGAUUACACUUUCAACGUAACAGCUGUUCUUUACUUUACUUUUUCAGCUUGCGUCAGUGUAAACAGCAGAGGAACUGUUGCUGAGGCAGUGUGAAAGGGACGCCAAGAACCCAGCCUCUGGAAGGAACAGUAGAUUGCCAAACUAUGCAAUCGACAACAGAGUGUUUUGCUGCUGUGAAUGGAGUAUUUUGGAACUGCUAUUAAAGGAAUUAGAGCAAGGCAGCAAUGCAGUGGACAAACUUUCAUGAGUGACAAGACAUCCUGAUUUCAGUGCCCUCCUGCAAAUAUCCAGUAAAGUUGACAAAGUAUUGUGUCCUUUAUAGGGAUUAUAUUUUGGUUGAAACAUGGUGUUGCCUCAUGAACAGAGCUACCCGUAGAUGGUAAUGUCUCCUGCUAAAUUAUCGAACAAGGAAUUACACAGAGGGAAGAUCGAUCUGUCAUGGAAAUUCGUCUGAGGAUAAAAGGUUAUUUUAUGAGCUAAAUUAUUAUUACAGAGAAGUACGAAUUAGGUUUGUUUAGGUGAGUGAAGCACUUUAACAUUUUAAAUGUUUAAAUUUUAAAUGAUUUGGCAAAAGAUUGCAAACAUUAAUAUGUGGUUGGUUUUGGCAGUAAUUGGCACUAUCUGAGGAUGUACGCAGAUGGUACUGGCUUGUCUUAAACAUGCUGAGCCACUGGUAUCAUCCUUAACCAUGCUUUGAAAAGUUUGAGUAUUAAGGGCAAGAGGUGGGUUACAAUUAAUUACAGCCACACAGUUUUGACUGUCUCUGCAUUUGCUAUGGCACUAUUUCUUGUUUAGAGAUCAUUGUUGUAAAUGUGCAGUUUACAAAAUUAUAUCUGUAGUGAUGGUUUUAAUUGUCAUUUUUGGUGCUUUUUUGGGUUGUGGUUCCUGAGUGCCAGAUUUGGAGUUGCUUUGGUUGGAUUGUAGAUGGUGCUGAUACAGUGAAUACAAAUGCCUUGUAGACAUUAUCCCGUGAAAACCCUGAUAUUGUUCUUGCAUUUGAAGAACCAAGUCUGCAUUUCAAGACAGUACUUAUAAUGGAUCAACAAGGCUGUCCAAUUACGAAGGCCCGUCCAAAUGCAUCGGAAAAAUACUUGUUCAGAUUUCAGCCCUGGUGUUAUUGUCAUUUUGUUGGCUGAAUAAGCUGAAAUGCUUGGUGACAACCUUGGAAAAUGUCUGACCUACAGUUGUGAUAGACAGCUCCUGGAUGCAGCAUUAAUGUUGGGGAAAAGUCGUAAAUGUGAAAUGAUGGCUAUGGUCCCACACAUUUUCAGUUUAUUAGCCUUCAGGCAAUUGAGGGCUACAGCUUUGUCAUCUUAUUUUUUUGUAAUGGUCUGAUUGACUCUUAGGGUCUGAUGGAAAUGAUCAAGGGCAAGGGUGCAUGAUUGUGCAAGAUGGUGUUGCUUUGUGUAUUUUGACUUGAUACUGUGUUGUCCUUUUUAAGUACUUGUUGGACAGCAUUUUUGUUGCACAGUGGAUGCUCUGCCAUUGGUUUUCAAAAACACGAGGAAUAAUGGAGUCGUGUGGCAGAGUAAGGAGUGUUGUGUGGAACUUGAUUGAAUAUGCAAUAAAGAUUUUGGUUGGAAUUGUUCUGAAAGUGGUUUGUAGUUCACAUAGUACUUUGUUGAUCUAGCUGCCAUUGCAACAAAGGCCAGAUGCUUUAAGUUGAUAUUGUGUGUUGGUACUUAGUCGUCCAGGGCAUGAGAUACAGUAUAGUUGAAUUAUUAUGUUAACCUCAGUUCCAGUUCUAGUUGGAUUUGUCUGUUUUGAAAGUGGCUGUUGUGGGCAUUGAUCGUAAUGGUGUCUGUAUCUGAUGUCCUUUAUUUCACAUUGCUAUUCCAAUUCAGUGGUGUUAUAUUGGAAUGCCAGGAAAUUGACGCUGGGCUAGAGAAGCUCUGUUGGAAAUAAUGCUGUUCUAUACCCUUCUGUCUACAGGUGCUGUUGUUUGUGCUUCAGCAUGGCGGUCGUCAUCCGUUUACAGGGACUGAGAGUUACAGCAGGCUCUGAGGAUAUUCGCAAGCUCUUCACUGGCCUCAAAAUUCCAGAUGGAGGGGUGCAUAUAAUUGGUGGGGAGCGAGAGGAAGCUUUCAUUAUUUUUGCCUCAGAUGAAGAUGCAAGAAGAGCCAUGACACGCUCAGGGGGUUGCAUUAAGGGUACACCUGUUACAUUGCUACUAAGUAGUAAAACAGAGAUGCAGACCAUCCUCGAAAGAAGUACAAAAAACAUAGAGCUAGAUCAAAAGAGGCGACUUGAGGAUAAUGCAAGGCGCGCUGGAAGAUCUGUCGAUCCUGAGGUGGGCAGGAGAUCGGGUAGCAGAUCGGGUCAUACCCCUCCUCCCCAGCACCAGAGGGCUUCAAACACUGAUGAUUUUGUGCAUGUGUUUCUAAAAGGAAUGCCUUUCUCUGUGACUGAAGCAGAAGUCCGUGAAUUUUUCAGUGGUUUACUUGUUGAUGAAAUAGUGUUGUUUAAAAAUGGACAUGGUUUAAAGAAUGGCAAAGGUCUUGUCAAAUUUGCAACAAGCGAGGAUGCAUAUGAAGGUUUGAAGAGGGAUAGGAGAUACAUUGGGUCAAGGUAUGUGGAGGUUUCUACAACAACAGCGGAUGAUUGGCACCGGGCUACUGCUGGUAAAGCGUCAAUGGCUGUCAACGUGGGUGACAACUUUGAAAGGGAGAGAUCACCUGUUCGCAAUCAGUGGAAUCCACAUCAUCAUACUCGGUCACAGUCACCUUUGGCCCAGAGGUCCAUUGCUCCUUCUGAUGAGGAGUACUGCGUUCUGAUGGAAAAUUUAUCUUAUGCGGUGGACAAAGAAGACAUUAAAAGGCUCUUUCGUAAUGCAAAGCUUCAGGAUGAUCAGAUCUUGCACUUAAGUGACAGUGAUGGGAGAAAAACGAGAUCCACAUUUGUGCUGUUCAAGAGUCUGCGUGAUUAUUGUGAAGCCUUAACUCAUGAAAAAAGGCUGUUUCUCAACCGAUGGGUUUAUACUCGCCCAAUCUCAAGAGAGAAAAUGAUCACCCUUCUGGAAUCUCAGAGCUUGGAUGACAGACCUCGUGGAAACACUGAAAGGUUUCAGGAGAGGCCUCCAUCGUACCCCAGUGAUGCUUAUGACUCUGAGAAAAUCUGUCUGUUUGUGCGGAACCUGCCAUUUGAUGUACGGAAAGUUGAGAUCAUGGACUUCUUCCUUGGGUUUAAUGUCACAGAGGACAAGGUGUUCGUGUUGCGUGACCAUAAAGGUGCUGGCGUUGAUGCGGCAGUUGGGUGUUGAGCCACCAGUGGUGCAACAGCCUAUUGUGCAAGAGCCACUGCAAAGACAGGAGCUGUACUCUGGCAGAUCCAGCGAGGCAUCCUAUCACCCCGGUGACACUGACUAUCCCGACUGUAGGAUUCCUCGUGAUGGUAAUAUAUCA